GGCCCCGCCCCUUCUCCCUGCCGCUUCCCUCCUCCCAGCCCCCUUGCCUCUGGCUCCUCCCCCUUUUCCCUGUCACGUACCUCCUGUGCAGCCCCCCACCCUCUCCUCUGGCUCCUCCUCUUCUUCCCUACCGCGAUCCUCCUUCCGGACCCCGGACCCCAGCCCACCUCUGGCUCCUUCCCGUCUUUCCUGCCGCACUCCACCUUCCCGACACCGCCCCUCCGCCUCUAGCUCCUCCCGUUCUCUCCUGCUGCACUUCUCCUUCACGACCCCGCCUCCCGGUCUCUGGCUCCUCCCCUUCUCUUCUGCGGCGCUCCUCCUUUCCGACCCCUCCCCCGCCUUUGGCUCCGCCCCCACUCCUGCCGCCCUCCUCCUUCCCGGCCCCGCCCCCCUGACCGCCUCUGGCUCCUACCCCCUCCCGCCUCUUGCUCCUCCCCUUCCCCCCUGUCGGGCCCUGGCAGGAAGAGGUGGUGCCAGGGCUGUUGCUAGGAUACGACCAGUAACUGAGAAUGCGGCGAGUAUUGAAGCUGCUUCUUAGGAGCCUCGGGAAGCACUUCGACGAGAAUAAUUGCUUUUCGUACACAGGAAAAUGUCUAAUCAGCCCAAGAAGUAUGAAGCUCAGAAUAUAGCCAAUUCAACAGAAGAAAGUGAUGCUUUUGACGUUGUCACUAUUCCAGUUCCCUCAGAAGAGCCUCAAGAGUCAGAUCAAACUGAAGAGCAUGAAUCUGGGAUAGAACAAUUCAGUGAGAGUCAUGCAAUACAUGUUGAGGAGCAGAGUGACCAAAUCUUUUCAAGCCUGGAACCAGACAAUGAACAACUCAUGAAAGAGGUUAUAUCACCAAGACAAGUUUCAUAUACUCCACAACAUCAUGAAAAGCAGUAUGCAAUGCAGAGUCCAAAUGUUGAUAGUUUGGCAUUUCUGGAUAAAAUAAAGGCUAUAAAGGAGUCUUUGCAAGAAUCAAUGGAAGAUUCUCUAGCAACAGUAAAAGUUGUACUUAUUCCAGUGGGCCAGGAAAUUGUAAUAUCUUUUAAGGUUGAUACCAUUCUUAAAUAUCUCAAGGACCAUUUUUCACACUUAUUAGGUAUCCCACUUUCUGUACUGCAGAUAAGAUACUCAGGAAAAAUUCUUAAAAAUGAUGAGACUCUAGUACAACAUGGAGUUAAGCCACAGGAAAUUAUACAAGUGGAAGUCUUUUCUACAAAUCCAGAUCUGUAUCCAGUCAAAAGAAUAGAUGGAUUAACUGAUGUCUCUCAAAUCAUAACUGUCACUGUCCAAACAGGCCUUGAUCGAUACCAGCAGGUAGCUGUUGAGAUUGUCAAAUCUGACUUUCACAAACCAUUUCUUGGUGGAUUCAGACAUAAAAUAACUGGAGUAGAGUAUCACCAUGCUGGAACACAAACUGUACCUAAAAAGAUUCCCGAAAGACUCAGUGUAUUUUGUAGGGAUACACAGACAGUUUUUCAGAAAAAAAAUCUCCAACAAACUACAAAUACAACAUCCACACAGAUGACUAACAUUGGUGUAUAUGUAUCAAAUAUGACUGAUAAACUGGUAACACCAGGAAAGUAUUUUUCAGCAGCAGAAUACCAUGCUCAAAGACUAAAGGCGGUGAUAGUGAUACAGACUUACUACAGGCAAUGGCAUGCUAAAAUCUUCGUAGAGAAUUUAAGAAGACAGAAAAGCUUAAGGUUGGAAUGGGAAACACAGCAAGAACUAAGGAAGAUAAGAGAAAAAGAAGAAUGGAUAAAAUUGGACUAUCACCGGAGGCAUAAUCCUAAAACAAAUGAAGAUUUUGAAUUUCUUUAUAAUGCGUUAGAAUUCUGGCGGCAAGAAGAACUUACACGUAUUAACCAAUCUUUCACUGGAGCUGAAAGGAAAGCUGCUCUGUGUGAACUUCUGGAAAAAGAGACUCAGAUAAUUGCUUCUAUUGGGAGACAUAGAUACACUGCUUAUAUGGCGAAUCAGGAAGCAGCAAUACAGGCUUUUUUGGAUAAGUGUUCAGCUCCUAAGAUAUGGAGAACCCCUAAUGGCAAAACAAUUGAGAUGGAUACGCAGUUCACCAUCAGAGCCAGAGAGCUGCAAAAUAUCUAUAAGUGCAUUAUGCUGAAAAAUAUCUCUCAAGAUGAGAGGCUGGAUGUGCUCUUAACUCUUAAACACACUGUAAAGGAACAUGAAUGUAAACUAACUCAGGAAAUUCUAGAAUUGAUUGACAGAGAGGUUGACCUUAUGAUGAGAGGAGUCAAACAUCAUAACCUUGAAGGACUCAGAAAAAGAAUUGCGACACUCUUUUUUCAUUAUAUCAAAACACCUCUGUUUAAUCCUGAAGUUGCAAAAUACCUUAAGGUCCCUCAAGACCCAUUGAAAUUUUAUAAAAAGAUUUACUUUUGCCACAGUUGCCAGCUUUAUUUGCCUUCUACAGAGUUUUCUGUAUCAUCCACCUCACGCCGCAUAUACCGGUGUCGUAACUGCAUUAGCCUUGAGAAUGAGGCUCAAAAACGAGAAUCAUUUUUGAAGUACAAAUGUUUACUUCAACAGCUCUACUUUACAGAAGCUGAUUAUGAAGAUGAUUCUAAAAUUGCUUUCUUGAUGCAGCUACAAGACAUUCAGUACCUGACAGAGAACAUCUGGGCAUCCCAGUCUGUCCUCAGUGCCUGGGACGAUCUCAGUGAUCUGGUCAUGGUCAGAUGGAAUAAAUCCCUGGAGUGGUCCCCCUGGAACUGUAUUCUUCUUACCAAAGAUGAAGCAGCUGCUCAUCUCAACCUAACAAGUAUUGAAGAGGGAUAUGAAUGCUCAUUUAUUCACAAGAUCAAACACAAACAUAUCCUGGCUAAGAACUAUUUUUCUCAGAUUCCAGUGCUGGCCUCAUUUAUACUUGAUGAUGGUGAAAUUGAUGAGAUCAGAUGGAAACAUCACUCAGACACAACACCUAAGAUUAUAGAAUCACAGAGACCUCCUCCUUAGGUGAUCCAGGAGUAUUUGUUUGAUGAUCGGCAUUUUGUUCACUGCUUAUAGGAUAAUACAGAGGUCACAGAGUAUGGAAAUGGAAUUUAAUCUGUUUAUUGAUUUUGUUUUGUGUUUUUCAUAAGUAUUUUGAGUUA